AUGGCUACCAGUGCUGCUGCUGUUGCGGAUCUUCCUCACGAUAACCGUCAAGCUCAGGCAUUCGCGAUUACUUUUGUUUUUCCGGCCAUUGCGACAGCCGCCCUCUUUUUACGGUUGUACAGUAGAUCCUUGACUAGAUCUUUUGCUGCAGUGAUAAAAUACAAUUAUGUCGGUAUACACAUAUGGGAUCUUCCAGCCGAUUGGGAUUCCGUGCCUGGUGCAAAAUAUGGCUAUGCGACCGAACUCAUUUACAACCCCAUCUUGGCUCUUGUGAAAACAUCUAUCCUUCUCUUCCUACUUCGCCUUACCGGCCAAAAAUCUAAUGUCAGACUAACGAUUAUUGGUCUUCUGAUUUUCAAUGGCGUCAUGAUGGUUGUCACAUUCCUUCUCACUGCUUUCCACUGUGUUCCCAUUGCCGCAAACUGGUACCCUGCCCAGUACCCUGAUGCCGUCUGCAUGAACUUUGCAAACUUUGUUACCGGGACAGCAAGUGUCAGUGUUUUGACCGACAUGCUGGCUUUGUUAAUGCCAACAUGGAUUGUCUACAAUCUACAGAUCUCACGGAGGCAAAAAUUGAUGCUUGUUGCUAUAUUGUCAUUUGGUCUUAUAACCGUUAUUAUUGGUAUUAUUCGGAUCAUCCUUCUCGAUUCGUUCGAUCGCAAACCUCCAGCAGAUAUCACAUAUUCUCUUCUUUUCUGUAUUACAACAAUCGAAGUCGGCUUAUCAUUUGUUUGCGCGUGUGCGCCCGCACUUAAACCCAUUUUUGUGCGCAUCAUCCCCAAAAUUUUUGGAGAAAGUGAUCGUUCGCGGAGUCAAAAGAAAUCUACCGAAGGAUAUGGACAGGGAAGAACAGCCCGCCGCCCAGAAGGCUAUGAAAUGAGUAGGAGAACGGCGCAUCAUACUACAGAGAUUGGGGCCGGCGAUAUAGACGGAGACUAUGAUAAAAUGAGUGAUGUCACUGAUGUGGAGAGUGGUCACGGAAAGGGGGAUGGAUUGCACAAAGGUCAGAUGGGGAUCGCAGUGAGAACAGAAACCGAAGUGAAGUGGCAUGACAGUAUGUCUGUGAAUAAUGGAAAGCCAGUCAGAAAAAGCGGUAGCAGUACCGAAAGUCUUGUAUGA